CGGGGACUCGCUGUUGAUAUGGCACUGACAGAGAGACACUUUCUGGGCAUCCAUGCCUAGAGGGCUAUUACUUAGUUUUUUCACAUGGAAAAAAUUAAUACAAUAUAGUAUUCGAGAUGGAGUUAUCGCCCCUUAUAAAGAAAAUAGGUCACUCACUGGUGGAAAUCAGGGUCCGUGCGUUGAAAAGCAUCUUAAGUAAACUUGACCAUUCUCUCAUCUCCGUAACCGACAUUGUCCAAGAAAAGAUGCUGUUUGUGUUUCUCCUGGAGUGGUUUAAUUUUCCCGAGGUGCCAAUGAAGGAGGAAGUCCUUAGACUGCUUUUAACUUUAUCUAAGCAUCCAAGUGCAGCCCAGAUGCUGAGAGACGUUGGGGGGGUGGACUUUCUCACUCAACUAUCUCCUAAUAUUGAGCCCAGACUGCGAGCUGUCAUCGAUGGAACCCUGGACCAGCUGUUCCAGCUCCCCGAGCUUCUCCCCAGUCAUUCAUCUGUCUACUCACAUGGACCCCUUUGUACAACUCCAACAGGUGUUGCAGGUUCAUCUUCAACACACGUUUCCCCUGAAAAGGAACUGCCUAAAAUGGGCUUUUUCUAUAAGAGUGCGCCCAGCACUACAGAUGUGCCACCUCAGAAGAUAGCAGUCCACGAAUCUGUGAGGUGCCUGAAGUUUUCUGUGUUUCCAUGGCUGAUGUUGACAAACACAGACAGGCACAUUCUGUCUUCCAAUGAGAGCUCCCUUGGGAGCAGCGAUGCCAACUUGGUGAGAACAACAUGUGAACUUCUGCGUGAUGUCAUCAUGCAGGACUUUCCUGCAGAGAUCUUCUUACAGAGGCCUGGUAUCGUAAAGAAACUUCUGUCUCUGUUGCUGCUGGGUUCGGGUAAAGGUGAGAUGAGCAGCCUCCACUCAGCUGCUCUUUCAUGCCUGCGGCAGCUUUGCGUGGGGCUGAGGAGGAGACUGAGAUUUCAUCAAGAUCCAGGCUUCUGCUCUGCAAAGCAAGAUCCUGUGUCGCAGAACUCCUCCUUCUCCUACACCCAGGAGGUUCUGGCCAGCCAGCGUUCCCAGGCCUCCUCCCCUGGAGCUGAGUGCUCCCCCCGGCCCUCUGUGGUGGGACGCAGGGACCAGAGAGCAAGAGGAGAUGGCCAAGAUGGAGAUGCAGCUUCUAAUAGUAGCGGCUCCCACAGAGGCGGCGCGGCAGUUCAGGCCCAGGCACAGAGCCACCACUCACCCGCUGAUGGAGCCCCUUUAGACCUUCCUGACCUGGGUGUGGAGGAUGUCCUGGAGCUGCAGUUACAGCAGCUCACUGUGGCUCAGUUCACCGUUAGCACCAUGCAGCAUGCUAUACCACUCCUUAAGACAGAAGGGUUGCACGUGUUCUGUCGUGUUCUGGAGCUGCUGUGUGAUGCCGUCCUCCUGCUUGGGGACAGUGUUUGCGAGCUGGUCUGGGACGAUCGCAGCCUGGUGGGGAUGGAGCUGAAGGAGAAGCUCUGGGCCUGCAUGGAGCUAUUGGGGGAUAUUCUCAGCUAUCACCAGAGCUGUUCAGCAGAUGUUCCACACAGUUCUCUGGUUCAGCAUAGAAUGGCCUACAUGGGCACUGCCAUAUUCACCAUCAAACUCCUGCAGGCCAUCCUGCCUCCUGAGAAGGCUGGUAACAAUCUCCCAGAAAGCACAGCGACAGCUAUUUUCCACUUAAGCUUGGACGCAUCUUUGGGAAGUUUAUUACCCAGCAUGCAGGAGACAGCAGUGGCAUACCUGGAGCAGACAAACUCAGAAAGGCACGAUGUGUACAGGAGGGUAACCAGAGCUGCUCUCUGUAUUGAGUCGACUUGUAUCUUCCUGAAAGAAGUGCAGGCUGAGGGGGAAAAAAACUGGCUGGAGUUACUGGAACUGGCUGACCAAGCUAUAGACGGGCUUCCAUUUCACCAGCACUUAGCCAUCAUCAAAGAAUGUGUACACAUGUGCUCUUACCUGUGGAAGUUUGACCAGCCCAGUCCCCUCCUGCAGAAUGAGAGCCAGAAACUCCUUCUUAAGCUGCUGUCCCAUCCUUCACCGCCUGUCAAGAAGGAGACAUAUGAAUGCACUUUAAACCUGGUCAAGGACUGCCUUGGCAUCCAGAAUCUGUCACAACAGGAGCAGGCAGUGUGUGCCGGUGUUAACUUCGUUCUCCACCACAGGGUGCUCUAUGAAAUAAGCGCCUUUGGACUCCAGGACCCUGCAGAAAAGGUGAAUGUUGCUGCCAAGGAUAUCCUGCUUUUCCUGCUUAAGGGACGAUUGACGAUGACAGCGUCAACCUGGGACAGAUUCAAUGAGGCACUUUACCCGGUCAUACCUAUAUUGCAGGGCUACGCCAGCACUGAAGAGUCACUUGGAAACUGUGUGCUGCUGAUAAGUGACACGUCGGAUGUGGCGAGAGACAAAGCGUUCCCAAGUACAGCGAAGCUAAAAGCAGCGGUGCGACUCCUUUUCACGAAACAGCCCACUGUAAGAAUUGCUGCAGUGCAACAAAUUCUUCCCCACCUAUCCAGCACUGAAGAAGCCAACACCACCAGACCGGAUCUGGACAAUACAUUGAUUUCCUCACUUCCCAACAUCUUCUGCCUCAGACACCCAGUAGACAUCACACUUGACUCCAGCAACAAGUCCGUCCUAAAGGUGGAGUCAGUGGAGAAGCUGUUUGGUGUCCUGCUCUCAGACUCUGUUGACUUCUCCAUCAAAAGAUCAGCAGCAGAACAGCUCUCUGUUGUGCUUCAAGACACAACAAUGCACCCAGUGUUGAAGGAUCUUGGCAUAACAGAUAAAGUCAUGUCUUUCAUCACGGAGAGUGUAAAUGGCAAUGAGAGCUUUGAUUGUCUGCUGGAGCCGUGUGCAUGCAUCUUGAGAAAACUUGUGUAUGCCGAUCCGUCCCUGAGGCACCGCCUGGCACAGUGCAACCUCCUGCUCCUCACGCUGCUCAGGGCAUCACUGAUAUUGAAGGAGAACAAAGGCAAUGGAAGCGAUAUUACCAUCCUCAUGAGCUUACUGCUUUUUGAUGAGAUUGCUGGCAUUGAAAGGUCAGACAAAUCUGCCAGAGAUACUACCCUGUCAUCAUUUUCUUUACCACUGCCGGCGAUAAGAAGGUACAACCUCCCCUUCCAGGCAGCGACUCAUCACGCUGUGAGCCCAUACUGCUGUGUCUUGGCUCCUUCUGCUGACCUCCUCACCCUUGGCUCCGCACGCCAAGCCCUACAGGUGGCGUGGAACACUGCUUGGCAUUCUGGGAUAGAUAAUCUCCUGGAGAAGCGGCAUGGUGUGCCUUGGGAUUCUACGGAAUUUCAUCCUGACUUGGAGUUGUCAGAAGUUCAGCUCCUGUCGCUGCAGGCUAUGCACCCCCCAUCUGCGCUGCAGGACUGCAUCCAGGCCAUUGUCACUGCAUCAGGCCACAGAUCGGUGGCCUCUGCCCUAUCUCGGCUCUGCCUCUACUUGUUGAUGGACAGACUGGCUCUCCCACACGUUCCCACCCACAACUGCAGAGAUGUCCUGCACUCCCUGAGCUGGCACGCGGCGCUGUCCAGGUUUCUCCAGGUGCGCCCAGCCUGUGCCGAGGAUGAAAGGUUGCUGGUUGGAAUUGUGACAUUUCUGAAUGCCUACUUCAAACAGACUCGUACAGAGUUUGUGUCUGCAGCAGAAGACAGGGACCUGCGCUGGAUACUGGAGCUGCUUCUCAACCAGGAAACAGCAGCUCUCCUUCAUUUACUGCUCGGCGUGGAGACCCGGACUUCAACUCAAAGCCCAGGGGAGCCCGAAGAACUAAAGAACCACGUCAGCCAGAGACUGCAGAGAGAGCUCACUGGCUUCUUUAACACCUUACUGCUCAGGCUUUCACACACCACUGACAGGCUAUGUUUGGCAUUAGCUGGGCCCUUCAAAAGCCAGCUGGCAGUCCAUUUGCUUCAGAACCUGCGGGUGUCCGAUGCCCCGCGUUUCUAUGGCCUUCCCAGCCUGGAGAGAACGUUGCAGGGCAUGGUCAACCUCACUGCCCAGCCUGGCUGGAGUUCUCACUGCCCUGACCAGGAGCCCGGCUCCCUCCGCUCUAAGUAUCUCAGCGGGUUAUUAGAGGUGAUGUCCUCUUUUUAUGUUGAGUGGGGGGGUAAUUCCUUGUCCUUCAUGGGGAAAGGUGUGACCAAGAAUGCCAUCAUCUGUUUGCUUCAUCUGUCGCAUGAGGUGAUGGCCGAGAGCAAGGACAAGGACCUGAUUUCUAAGUGGUCUCUGGGAAAUGAGGGGACUGCCGAUGAAGCCAGCGCCUCUCAGCUGGGUUUGGCCUGGCUCAUCCCGCUGUGGGUGGACCGAGAUCAAGAGGUGAGGUUUGCCAGUCUGGGUUUAGGUGCUGCGCUGUCCUCGAUGCCCAGUGGGUGCCAGGCUCUGUGCACCAGCUGCCAGAACAUCAGCGGAGGUCUGUGGGGCACGCUGCUCAACAUCCUCCUGGACCAGCAGGAGAGCAGCAUGGUCCGCAGAGAGGCUGCAUUUAUCUUGCAGAACUUGCUGGUGAUGCCUAUGCCUGCCAAUGCAGAGGAAGCGAAGGACUCCCACUGGCAGCACCCAUGUGUCCAUGAUGAAGUGACCGGUGUGUCUUUGGUGGGUCUUCCAGCGCUGCAGGCCCUGCUCUACCACUGUCAGUAUUUCCAAAGUGUGGCUCUCUCUGCCUCAAUUUGUUACCGUGGCAGGUACACCUUCCAUCUCCAACCCUUUCCUGCGGGCAGCAGUGGUCCCAGUGUUCAAGAGAGCACUUCAGUGGAUUCUGAGAAUUCUGUCUGUUUUUGGAGAUGCGAACCAUCACAACCCACCAUCAACUCCAGCAGACCCUCCAGCUCACUGUCAACCUCAAGCACCGUGGUUAGCAAAACUCCUAUGAGAGGUUCAGCGCCACACACCCCAAAGGCUCCCUCCCCCUUGAGCUUCACAGAGGAAACACCUGCCAGCAGACUCACGGCUCAAGGCCAGAGUGAUACGGACACGAGCAACUCAGCUACCACUCAGGACUCCCAACAGGGCGAGUCCUUAGCCAUGGAACCUGUUGUCAUAGUUACCCCAGACCUCUUGACGGCUCACUUUGGCCUGCUGACCAACCUACUGGCCAUCUUACCAGAAUUCACUCUUACCGCCAUUCGACAAAACCAACUCCUCCAGGCUCUGGCAAGCCUGGUGGAUAUCGGGCCCAUUGAGAAAAGUUUGACUGAGCUGAGGACACCCAACAUCCUUCCAGGAGAGCGAGAAGAUGUCAAGAGACAGUUUGUAGCCACUCUUCAGUUUGUGUCCGGCUUCUCCAAACUGCUGGGGUCGUGUAUAGAGGCGAACAAGGAGCUGAUUGGCCAGCUGGACCUCCUGAAACAGCUGUUGUGUACCCUGGUGGCUGUUCUCAUGCUGGACACCAAAGUACUAGAUGCAGGUACCCGGAACGUGGUUUAUGUGUGCUGGAAAGAUGUGUUUAUGCUCCUGGCUACUUUGGUGAAGAGGGACAGCUCAGCAUCGCACCCAUCUGUCUCUGCUGCGCUAGGGAGACGCUGGCGGACAUUCGCAGGAACGAUAUCAGAGUGUAUGAGUGAGGAGGUUGUAGACCCUCUUCUCCACACAGUGGCUCUGCAGUUUCUCUCUGCAGUUUUCACAGAGGAGACGAAGAACCGCAGCGGGGAGCCCAAGAGCCCAAGCUCUGAGCACACCUCCCCUCUGUCAGACGUCUUAAACGGCCCCUUGGCCAGUGAGCUGUGCGAACUGUUACUGCAGAACUUUGAGAAGCGGACCCCUCAGGACUCGCUAAAGAAGCAUAAAGCCAGAGCUCUGAUGACUCUGCUUGCCUGUAGUCCCACAGCUCAAAGCUACGCUGCCAAAGCUGGUUUCAUUGACAGCUGUGUGCAGCAGCUGAAGCAGACUCACGCCCAGCUCAGUCUGGAGUCGGUCCGACCUGCCAAGGCCUCCCACCGCAAAAAGGAAGGGGGCUAUUUAAAAGAAGUCAAGCUGACUCUGGAGAUCCUGCAGAGUGCUCUUUACUGCAUCGAUGAAUGCAAAUUGGCUGCCACGGAUGCCUGCCUUACUCCAGCCGUCAGUGCUCUUUGGCCUUGGCUACUAUUGGACGACCCCCUCACGGAGGCGGCUCUGGAGCUUCUGUGUGUCUACACGGCCAACUGCACAGCAGCAUGCAGUUCUCUCUGUGUCAGCGGCCCCGGCGUGGUGUCAGGACCUAAAGGCUCCUCUGGACGCUCUGUGAUGCACUCUGUCAUGAAGCUCACAUCGCUGGCCCCUGACAACAGCUCCAUCCAGAAUCUGGCCUUCUCUCUCUUGACGAACUUGGCUGUGUCCCGAGACUGCCGAUGCGUCCUGCAGAAGAAUAACUUCCUUCAAGGUUUCCUGUCGGUGCCGCUGCCUAAGGCGGCGGGUGUAAAGGCCGCACCUUUAGGCGGGGGGGGCCUGCUGGGCAUGUGGCUCAGGCUGUUGGUCAGUCUCACAUCCUCAGAGGACGGCCAGCAGAGUGUCCUCCGGGUGAACGGAGCCCUGGAAGUGCUGGCAGACUUGGCAGCGCAUCGGCGGCACGCACUGCUCAUCCUUCACAACCUCUGCUUCUGCCCGGCCAACAAGUCGCACCUUAUCACCAGCGAAAAAGCGGUGAAAGUUUUGCUCUCCUGUCUGGAAAGUAGAGAGUGUGAAACCCGCUGCAUGGGGGCGUCUGCUCUGUGGGCGCUGCUCCACAAUAAUCAGAGGGCCAAGACUACACUGAAGUGUCCCACCAUUCGUCUAAAAAUUGAGGAGGCUUAUAGUGUCUCUAAAGAAGAGGCAGAGAGGGACGGGGAAUCUUUGAGUUCCCACCUGCUGAAGUGCCUGGAAAACCUUUCCCAGCUGCUGAAAAGCUGAAAGCUCAUCUUAGUUUAUUUAGUUCUGUAUCAUGGUUUUGUAUUCAAUUAAAAAUAUUUA